AUGCCUUCGCACGUGGCCACCCUUGUCUUGGCCGCCCUGUCGGGUCUGGCCCUGGCAGCUCCUGCGCCUGCAGCAACCUGCGUGCCUACGGCGCACACUGCUCAGGGCGCCUACGUUGGCCUUCACAACGAUGCCGCCAACCAGGACUACUUCCUCGGCAUCCCCUACGCCCAGCCUCCCGUCGGUGCCCUUCGUUUCGCCUCGCCCAAGCCGCUGCAGACGACCUUCAGGGGCGUUCGCAACGCGACCGAGUAUGGAUGGAUGUGCAUUGGGUACGGCUCCGACACGAGCAGCCUGGGCAGCCCGGUCAACGAGGACUGCCUGACCCUCAACGUCGUCCGACCGAAAGGUGUCAAGGCUGGCGACAAGCUCCCCGUCGGUGUUUGGGUGCACGGCGGCAGUUAUGUCCAGGGUGGUUCUCGUGACCCGAGGUACAACCUCACCGAGAUCGUGGACCAAUCUGUCAAGGAGGGCAAGCCCAUCGUGGCCGUCUCCAUCAACUACCGCCUGUCGCUCUGGGGCUUCCUCUUCAGCGAAGAGCUCAAGAAUGCCAAGGCCGGCAACACUGGCCUCAAGGACCAGCGCGUCGCUCUUGAGUGGUUGAACAAGAACAUCGCCGCCUUUGGUGGUAGCCCCGACAAGGUCACCAUUUGGGGCGAGUCUGCUGGUGCUCGUGCCCUGGGUAUGCAGCUCAUCGCCUACGACGGCAAGCACAACGGCAUCUUCCGCAGCGCCAUUCUUCAGAGUGGUAGCCCAACGGCCGUGUUCAAGGGUGCCGCCGACUGGCAGCCGUACUUUGACGCCCUCCUUGCCAAGACCGGGUGCUCCUCCGCCGCCGAUAAGCUUGCCUGCCUCCGUGCUCUUCCCUGGCAGACGCUGAACAGCAUCUUCAGCGGCAGCGAUGCCUUGAGCGUCGCCGCGCCGACCCUGAGUGCCGUUGUCGACGGCGACUUCAUCAGCGCCCAGGCCUCCGUUCUCCUGAAGCAGGGCAAGUUCGCUCGCGUGCCCCUCCUCACCGGCACCAACUUUGACGAGGGCACCGCCUACGCUCGGAACGGCAUCAACAACGAAGACGGCUGGCUCUCGUGGCUGUCGGCUCUCGGCCUCAACUCUACCCAGGCCGCCGGUGUUUCCUCCCUGUACCCCGAUGACCCCGCUGUUGGCAUUCCCGCCUUCUACGAGGGCCGGCCCCCUGCGUCCCCCUUCGGCACCCUCUUCAAGCGCUCGGCCGCCUUGGCCGGCGACUACCAGCAGCACGCCGGCCGCAGGCUCCUGACCGAGACGUACUCGGCCGCCGGCCUGCCCGUCUACUCCUACCACUGGAACGCCAUCGUCAACGGCCUGCCCAACCCCAUCUACGGCGCCACCCACUUCCAGGAGGUCGCCUUUGUGUUCAACAACGUUGCCGGUCGCGGCUACACUGCCAACCCCUUCGCAGGCCGGCCCCAAUCGUACGUCGAGCUCGCUGACCUCAUGAGCAAGAUGUGGGUCUCCUUCAUCCACGGCGGCAACCCCAACGUCGACGCCGUCCAGUGGCCCAAGUACUCAGGCGCCAACCCCACGAACCUCGUGUUCGAUCCCAGCCGCGACAACCUCCGCUACACCGAGGUUGACGACUACAGGGAGGCGGGCAUCGACUACCUUCUCAACAGCGUCUUCGUUUGA